AUGGGAUCUGCAUCUCUUAUCAACGACGAACUCGUUGCCAAGGUCACCGAGUACGUCGAGGCCUACAUGGCCAAGUACGAUGCCUCUCACGACUUCAACCAUAUCAGGCGCGUCCUCUCGCUCGCUCACCAGAUCCACGCCCAGUCCCCCGCCACGCCAGCCCUGGACAAGCAAACCGUUACCCUCGCCGCCCUGCUCCAUGACGUCGGAGACCGCAAGUACCUGAAGCCCGGCGAAGACGCAUCAACCCUAGUUUCCACGGUUCUCCAGUCUCUCGGAGCCGAUCCGCAACUCGCUGCUCGCGUACAAACCAUCUGCCUCGGCGUCAGCUACUCCAGUGAGGUCAAGGACCCGGCCCGCGUCCAGAGCCUCAUUGCCGAGUACCCGGAGCUGGCCGUCGUUCAAGACGCCGACCGUCUGGACGCCAUCGGCGCCGUCGGCGUCGGCCGCUGCUUCACGUUCGGCGGCGCCAAGAGCGCAAGGAGUAUGGACGACUGUAUCCUGCACUUUGAGGAGAAGCUGGUCAAGCUCGAGGGCAUGAUGAAGACGGAUGCUGGACGGGAGAUGGCGCGAGAGCGGACGAAGAGGAUCCUGACCUUUAUGGACUGGUGGAAGGACGAGGCGGGCCCGGUCAGCGCAUGA